GUAAAGUCAGUUGAACAGCUGUUUUUGACUAGUUUAGUUAUCGGUAAAUGCCGUUGAUACAUAAUAUAAUUUUUGUUUAUUACCUAUUUUGUUAAAAUUUCAUAAAUUUUCGUUGCAUUAUUUUUCGGAAUGUCUGCAGAUCCCCAUGAUGCACAGUUUGCAGCAAAAUCUAAUCCUACAACGGUUACAGAUAGCCCAGUUACAGACCCUGGUUCCUCAGUGAAGGAAGAAGAUUCUUUUGAAAUUAUAGUUGAAAGCACAAAAGGGCUGAAAGUUUCAUACCAGGGUGAAAAUAAGCAAGUAGGCUCAAAGGCUAAGGCAUCUAAUGGUGAAGUGGGUGCACACGGGAAUAUAGAUCCAGCUCAAAACUCCGCUUUUGUAGGACAGCGGAUAAUGGACACAAAAACAUCAAGUGCUUUAAAAAAAUCAAGUCGUUACCGGAGCAGAUCUCUCUCAGCCUCUUCCAACGACUCGUACAGUUCUGCUUCAUACACCGGGAGUAGCUCAGAUGAGGAUGACGUCUCUCCUAGAGAAAAACUACAAAAAAGUUCCAACAACUUCACAGAUUUUUGUGUUCGCAACGUUAGUCAACAUGCCUUUGGGCGUAGAGAAAUUGAAAUAGCAGAACAAGAAAUGCCGGGAAUCAUGGCCUUGAGGAAAAGAGCUGGCGAUGACAAGCCUCUGAAGUCGGCCAAGAUUGUUGGCUGUACUCACAUCAAUGCUCAGACUGCGGUGCUGAUUGAAACUCUGACAGAGUUGGGAGCCCAAGUUAGAUGGUCUGCUUGUAACAUCUACUCCACACAGAAUGAAGUUGCUGCUGCUUUGGCUGAAGCAGGUUACCCGAUCUUCGCCUGGAGAGGUGAGACGGAAGAAGAUUUCUGGUGGUGUAUAGACAAGUGCAUAAAUGCGGAAAACUGGCAGCCCAACAUGAUUCUAGACGACGGAGGCGACGCUACUCACCUCAUGCUCAAGAAGUACCCUACUAUGUUUAAAAUGAUUAAAGGAAUCGUUGAAGAGAGCGUCACAGGAGUUCAUCGACUCUACCAACUGUCCAAAGCUCAGAAACUAACAGUACCUGCGAUGAAUGUUAAUGAUUCCGUUACCAAAACAAAGUUUGAUAAUCUCUACAGUUGUCGGGAGUCAAUCAUUGACAGCUUGAAGCGGUCGACUGACGUAAUGUUUGGAGGCAAGCAGGUUGUUCUCUGCGGUUACGGAGAAGUCGGCAAGGGGUGUUGUCAAGCUCUCAAGGGGUUGGGUUGUGUGGUUUACGUCACUGAGAUCGACCCCAUUUGUGGCCUUCAAGCUUGCAUGGACGGAUUCAGAGUGGUGAAGCUGAAUGAGGUGAUACGCAAUGUGGAUAUUGUCGUAACGGCUACAGGAAAUAAGAAUGUCGUUACCAGAGAACACAUGGACAAGAUGAAGAACGGCUGCGUCGUCUGCAAUAUGGGCCAUUCCAAUACGGAGAUUGAUGUUAAUAGUCUACGCACGCCAGACUUGACGUGGGAGAAAGUGAGAUCCCAGGUGGAUCAUGUCAUCUGGCCGGAUGGCAAACGCAUCAUUCUUCUGGCUGAGGGUCGUCUUGUAAACCUCAGCUGUUCCAGUCUGCCGUCCUUCGUCGUCUCCAUCACUGCUGCCACCCAGGCACUUGCCCUGAUAGAACUGUUCAAUGCUCCUCACGGUCGUUACAAGUCUGAUGUCUAUCUUCUACCUAAAAAGAUGGAUGAGUACGUUGCAAGUUUACAUCUGCCCACAUUUGAUGCUCACCUAACAGAAUUGACGGAUGAACAGGCAAAGUACAUGGGACUGAAUAAGGCAGGUCCCUUCAAGCCUAACUAUUACAGAUACUAGAAGCAUUGUCACAGGAGUGUGUUCUGCCGAUGUUCUCUACCAUGGUCAAUGUAUGCUGCCUCUGGAUCCAGGAUUGUUACAUGUUAGCUUCAAAGUCAAGCAAUGUUACAUGUUGUUAACAUUUAUGUCUUCCCUCGGUACAUUUUAACAGUAUCGCCUUCAAAAUACUGUUGAAAUUUAAGUGUACUUCUCGCUUCAUUUUGCUUUUCACUGCAUUUAUUCUAAAAUUAGUUAAUAUUGCGUUCCUAUUGUGCACUUAAAACCACUAAAAUUAUAUUUUAUCAAAAUAUUUAUUUUUUUACUAUAUAUUUUUCUGAUAUUUAAUAGUUUUAACUGUGUGUCAAAAAAAAAUAUUUAUUUAUUGAAGGAAAGUACUAUAUGAGUUGUAUGGUUUUCAUGAGUUGUAGGGUUUUCUUGUUUAGGGGAAUUUGUAUAUUUUGUUUGUUAGUAAAGGUCAAACAUAAUUUUAAAUAUAAGAUAACAUAAUUUAGUCUAAACUUUGCAUGAAGAAUAUUUAUUUAUCGCAUGGAAAAUAUUUAUUUAUUGAAUAUAUUGUAUUAUUUAUUUUCGUUCACUGCUGAAUCAGUGGUUGUAGAUUUCUUAGGUUCAGAUUCCACCCAUGCUGAUGCCUAUUCGCCAUAUGUUACUAUUUUGAGCCCACCUAGAUAAAAAUAUAUUCUCUUAGACGUGGAGAAAACUCCUCUGAAAUUCAUAGAAAAUUUUGUUUAGUAUAGGAUUUAUGUAUAGGCAAAGUAUUUUAUGUACAACAUUUGUCCUAAAAACAAUUUGUGUGGUUUUAAUGAAAAUCUUAUUGUUGAAAGGCACUGCGGCUACAAAAACACUUUUCCUUUCCGGAGACACUUUUGCUUUUCUUUCUUUAGCUUUGACUUGAUUCAGUAAAUCUAUCAAGCCUGAAUUACCAUUGAGUUUAUCAUAUUCAUGGUCAGAUUUGUUUCUUCCCUAUGAUUCCUUUAUCCUUUGAGACAUAGGGUAUCAAAUAGAAAACCUUCUUUUGUUAUUUUCUCAGGCUCAUAUUUUUGUUUUCCCUCUUCAAAAUACUUUGGUAUUGAACUAGGCUGUUGUAACAGAGAAAAGGAAAGUUUGAUAAUAACGAUUCUCUACCCUUUGAACAUUUCUUAUCAUUUAUAAUUAAUUCGUGGAAUAUCUUACAAUAUUCCUUUUUUGGUUCUGUUCCACUAAAAUACACUGUACCAGAAAAUCUUGAACGGAUUGGCUGUUUCAUGCAUUUUUAGUUAUCACUAUUCCAUAAGCAUUUAGAUAGUUGUACCAAAAACAAAAUUGAUAUUAUUGUUAAGUCCCUCCACGCUUUUAGGAUUUAGGAUAAUGCCUGAUAAUCGAAAUAUUUAAAUUGAAUUUUUUUAACGCAGACACAUUUUUAGUAAUAACACUAAACUGGUUAUUUUAUCAUUAACCAAAUUGAAUUAGUAGCAAUUGUAACCUUCUAUAGUGUUCCUGGUUCCAAACGAGCUGUACAACCCAAAAAUAUCUCCGUUGAAUCGCUUAUUAUCUGGUUCGUUGUUUAAAAAAAUGUUUGUUUAUUCUUUGCGUUCUUGUGUUGAUAAAAGUCUAAGGAUUACGUGAGAGUGAGUAGGUAAUGAAGGAAUUGAAUGUUUUGCCUAUCUUGGUGUGUCAUUAUUAUUACAGAAUAACUUUGUCCUACAAAUAGCUCAAUGAAGGAGAAUCGCCCAAUAAUUUAUAAUGAACCCCAAUGGACACUCCCUACCUAAUAUUGGCCUUCAAGUCAAUCAACCUAUUUGAUUCGUUUCUGUAAAAUUCUUGUUGCAGAGUUAAUGAAUUUAAAUUGAUGUUGUGGAAUUUGUAAAUAGGUCUUACCAAGCCUAAUCUAGCUUACAUAAAGCAUAUUUUUGUAUUGUAUAGUUAAGCCUAUAGAGAAGUUGCACAAUUUUGAAUUUAUAUUUCUAACUUCAGUAUUAUUAAUGUAUUAUUGUUGUUAACCAGUAAAAGAAUAGAGUUGAGGUAGAUAUAUGGAAAUUACAUAAUAUUUAAAUACUUGUACACACGACUCAAACUGUCUAAACUGUAUUGUAAUCUAUGGGUGUUAAGAACGUCCCCGAUGUCCAAGACUCGAACUUGCAAUUUCAAACUUAACUUAAGGCCUAUAUAUUAUUUUAUAGGUGUACAAAAUAUUUUAGAUUCCAAUUUAAAGCAUUGAGAGGAUUUACAAUUUUUUCCGUGAGUUUUUGAUUUGGGUAAAGUUCUUUGAAAGAAAACAAUUGUUUUAGUUACUAUCUUUUUAUGUUCUAGUUAGUAAUACCAUAUUUUGUCAUUUAAAAAUGAGCUUUUAACCACCUAGAAAAUUGAUAUAUGUAGAUUUAAGCUAACACUUAAGAAACAAGUCAUAAUAAUAGCCCUCUUCACUAUUACUUUGCACUUAAGCAUGAAAUGCUAUUUUAUUUUUGUAUUGAUUCUUCGUGAACCAGUCAGUAGUGAUCGAUACAAAUUUUAUUUUUUUGUGUAUGUAGUGUGUAAUUUUAAGGUUGUGCUUGUUGCUUACAUUUACCAGCUUAUUAUAAGUUAUACACAAUUACGUGAAAUUCUAAAAAUUUUGUCUUAUAGGUUGGAUCUGUUAGAUUUGCUGAAUUUGUAAUUUUUCUCUGCUUUAGGUUUUGAUGACCGAGAUGAAUAAAAAAAUAUAUAUUGGAAUAACAAAUUAUAACAAAGAAAUCAAACAAAUCCACCUUUGUAUGGAAUUUCAUAUAAUAUAAAUUAACAUCUUUACCGACAAAAUGGGUGAUAUGUAAACAUUACUGACUUCACUGCUGUGUGUUAGGUAUUAAUUGUAAAUACCCGAAUAUUUGUAUAAGUUAUAAGUGAACUUAAAGCUAUUUAUGUAAGUUUAGUUACUAAUUAGUUAGGUAGAGUUUGUGGUUGCUUAGUCAGAUUAACUUAUUUGACUGUAAAUGUCAUUCCAUGUUUUAUUGCAUAGUGCUGCUUUAAAUGACAUUUUUGCUAUUUUAAUGCUUUCUUUUCUGUAGUUUAUGAGCCUAAGUAUUGUAAAACAUAAUAUUUGUAAUUUCUUAGAAAUGUUAGUAAAACUAGCCUAAUAUUUUAAGCCAGGUCAAUCAUAUUUCCUUCAGAUUUUAUUUUAUUGAAGCUUUAAUCUUACAAGGAUUUUUACACUGUAUAAAACUUACUGGCACUAUUUUAAUAUAAUUAAUAUACCUAAAUAAAAUUUACUUAAAAAGUUUAUUUUGCUGUAAGAACAAAUUAAAUUUAUUUAGAGCUCAGAAAAAGCAAAGUAUUUAUCAAAAUCAUCUAUGUUUACUGUUAAAUACAGAUGUUACCAAAAGAUAGGUUACCUACAGUAAAGCUUGUAGUUAUUUUGCUGGCUCAAAGUUUACUAACAGAAUUGAAUUUUAUUGGAGAGCUAGCCAGUUAUAUAGAUUGACUGAAGUCCAAAUUUGGUUGUGACUAUUUUCAUUGCACUCCAAGAGCCUCUUGGCCUACUCAACGUAAAGAUAUAACUGUUCCCAAGACUCUAAUAGGUCUUCCAAUUGUAUUUUCUGUUAAUGUACGCUUACAUUGAUCACAAUGUAUUUAACUGACCUCAAUAAUCCAUGCUGGGACAUUACAAAAGGUGGAUGGACUAGAAUGUUAUUUUAAUUACGAUACAAGUGAAGUAUUUAGGCCUAUGUAUAAAGUUUAUAUCAUGAUUAACCACAAAUUAACAUUGUGGUACCAAGAUUGAUGAAAUUACGAGGGUUUUCCGUGGAUUAAGGUCCCAUCGCAUCUAAGCGAGCUAGUUAAAUAUUAGACCAAAUCUCAUGCCCAUUUCAUCAUGUUAUUAAUGUUAUUUCAUCCAGCACUAUUCCAGCAUAUUCUUUUCACCCAUAUGAGACGAUUAGUUUCGUCAUAGUAUUUGAAACUUUUGUGAAAGAGAAUUGAUGCUCCCGCCAUGCAAAAAUCACAUACUGACAUUACAUCUGUGUUCAGGAUUUAAGUCAAUGUCAGUUAACGGACACAAUCGACGUAAUUUGUGAAGGGGCGGAGGAGUUUGGAGGUGGUCCUGAACAUUUGCACAAUGUUUCUCAUGGUGUAGGCCGACUGUUGUCAGUCUCGUUUGAAGCAGUGGUUGAAGUGAUAGGUAUUUUGCUUGUGGAUCGUGAUGUUACUUAACGAGAGAGAAUGUAACUAAUAAGGAACAUCUCUAGAAGACUAUCAAGCCCUGGAAGUCUGCAACACCCAAAUCAGCAAUUAAAGUUUCCUAAACUUCAAUCACUGUAUUGAUAGAAACUGAUGAUCACCCGCUGCUAACCCCGUUGUAAAAAUAUUCACGACCUUUUGCGAGGUCCCUAAGCCACUGAUGCACAUUCUCUAUGACAAAAUACGUUUCUGCAUAUAUAUAUAUAUAGGUUAGAAGUUAAGGAAAGGCCAAUUGGCUUAUUGGGAUUGUUAUGUACAAUGAUAGGGAUCAGCUAGCUUACCUGGUAGACAGAGUCCAAAUUAGCCUAGGUAACUUAACACACAGAAAACUUUCUUCCUCCCCGCAUACACAUGAAGGCACGACUGAUUGCAAAACACAGGAGUAAAGAAAGUACUAUCUGCAGAAAACUGAAAGUACCUACAAAUCUGUUAAAGUAAUCGUUUUCUCCACUUUUCAUGAAUUUCUCGGAGUCACUCGAGUGAUAUUGUUUGAUCACGUAGUAAACUGCGGCGAAGAACGUAGUACUCAAUGAGUGUUGUGAUCUGUGUGAACGUCUGUUCAUUAACAUUGUACACGGUGGUAGACAGGAAACAUGGCCUCGUGUACCAGUCUUGCCAAAGGUUCUCCCGUAGUUCAGCCAGUGUUCUAUGCGCUUCUUGCAGAGUUGGGCCGAGAUAUGUCCUGUAACCACUAACAUCGUACAAUCUUCCGUGAGCACCAUAAAACCGUUCGUUUGUCCACCAGAAGAUCGUUGACCUCUCUCUGUACUCCCAAGGUGAGUCAACUUUGGUCGUAUCCACGUAUGUCGCAGGGACCCAUUUUUCUCCAUACACAUUUUUGUCUUUGUUUCCCAAACUCCAUUUCUGCAUGCAUAAGGUACAACCCUAACUUGCCGCAUGUUUUCUACCAUAGACAUAUUUUUUAUAUCGUUUACACUUGAUACGGUAUGUCAAACUCUCUUCUGUUGACCUGUAAGAACACCUUAUGUAAGUGGUUGACUCUAUGGUAGUGAGAUAUCCACAGUUGAUAUAUUACCGUGCUCACUGUGGUGACGUAGAUCAUAGCAUUCACAAAUUAUAUCAGAUUCCACCACUUGUGUCUUUUCUUCUUAUUCAGCAAAAACCCUCUGGCAAAAACAGUAAGUGGUGCAUACAUUGGAUGACUUGAAACAAGGAUGUUUAAAUAAUCCACUUCAUUUUUAGGACGAGCAAGUAUGGUAUCUUUCAAUGCUAUUCCAUGAAGGUCCACUUUAGUGGAAGUCUGUUAUGUGUUUUCUGUGUGUUAAGUUACCUAGGCUAAUCUGGACUCUGUCUCCCUAUCCUUGUACAUAACAAUCAUUUUCUGCAUAUAUGUCAACUAGAAACAGUAAUCUACAGGGGUUGAUCUCCUUCCUACAGAAACCUAGAAUGGAUUGAUACUUGGCGGGAGCGUCAAUUCUCUUUUGUUACGUUACUAUUCAUCCCAUAGGGGUGAAGACCAGCUAAUAGUUGUGGAUGAAGCAAGGCUCACAAUGUUGGUCUGAGAUUUGAACAGGUUUGCUUGGAUGUGACAGGAGCACGAAGCACGAUGGAGACUUUUAUGGGCAACCAUUGUACUUCUGUGAUUUGAUUAAACAGUAAAUUUUCUGUUACAGCGAACAUAUUAGUGACUUCAUUGUAUGUAAAUUUUACAUUGAAAGCGUUUCAUAGUUUGUAAAACCUGCAUAAUUUUAGUACAGCAUAUUAACAUUUACAGACACUAACUACAAAGUUGAUUAAUAUUUAUAUACAUAGUUGUCAAGUUGUGAGCAGAGCUUUAUUUUUGUCUAGUCUGAUGUUCAGUUUUUCCUUGCAGUCUCUCGACCAGACGAGUGGGCUAAGUCACUGUUUACAAGGAUUUACUAGCUUAACAAUUACAAAGAUAGAACUAUUUUUGUCUCGUUAUAAUAUUUAAGAAUGUAGGCCUUAACAGCUUUAUUUAUUAUUUAUAGUAAAACAUUUAUGAAACGUGUAGCUACCUAGUUUCUCAGAUUUUGUCGGUAAGCUUUGAAUAGUUUUGGUAAGUAGAGUCGAUAUUAAUUUAUAUUUAUUCCAUGAAUUUAUCACCAAGCUUUUAAAAAUCUUGGCACCAUGAUUUACUGUUUUCAUUUCUAACUAGUUUUGCUGUUUGAACUGUUUGAGCUCGAUGAAUUGUCAAUAUUCUAAAUGAAUGUUUGUCGUAAGUUGAAACAUUCCAUCCCCAAAAGUCAUUGCGCAGAUGAUUUCCUUACGUAAUUACCUGAACACCACAUCAGAUGCCGCAUCGAACGUAUGAUCCAUUGCUUGAAUCUUGGUUGUGGUAGUUUAGAAAAAACAGGGUAUGGACAUGUAUAAUUGAAUAUUGUAAAUAUAUUUGGUUAAACACUUUA